UGACAUUCUCUGAAAUAGUUAAAAGACACACAGCACUAAUCCAGGAAGCUGGGUGUUUUUUUCUGCAACAAGGAAGAACGUGUGCAGAUAUUUACUCCUUCUCACUCCGCGCAGAGGCAAUGGAUCAUAAGAGAGAUUAUUUCACGACAAAAGCAUCUGCCAAUGGAACAGACAAAGAUGGUGAUGGAAUUGAACUCAAGUAUGCCUUGAUGGGAGCUGGAAUAGGAAUAUUUCUAGUUGUCUCAUUUGUCUUGGUUAAGAUUUACAUGAUUAAAAAGCACAUCUAUGAAAACGAUUUAACAGAUCCUCCAUCCAAGCAAAGCCAGUCAUUAAGAGAAGAGAGAAACAGAAUUGCUUAGAACAGAAGGUCGCAGGAGCAGUGAAUGGGCCGAAAGCUUGGACAGCUGCUUCCCCGAAGGAGAAAUGUUUGUGUUUGCAGUUACCACUUGGGACAAGUUUGGAUUCAUUGCCAGAUAUUACAGAGAAUACACAAUUUAUUCAGCAUUGAAAUAAUGUAUUUUAGUUUAUCCCAGCACUAACAUUCCAUUCCAUUCCUACAUUUCCCCAGCUAAUUCUGUUUGCAGAACCAUCUAUUCCUGUCUCCAUUAUAUCCUUACCUCACUACCUCUUAAAUAAGUCUAGACCAUUCACCUCCGUUACUCCCUGUAGUACCCAGUUCCAUGUUCUCUUCACUCUCCGGAUAAAGAAAAAUGCUCUUAGUUUCCUAUUGGAUUUAUUAGGCAUGAUAUUGUUUUCUCUUUUUGUUGAAUAAUGUAAUAUUCCUGGUGCAUGAAACUUAGCACUUUUAAUCUUAAACUGCUGUCAGACCAUGUGAUUAGUCUGCCUCUUAUACCAAGAGUUGACCACUACCAACUGCAGAGGUCUGGACCAUACCCAUUGCCUCUAUUCUGCACUCUGUGGCCAUUAAAAUAUUUACACAGGCAGUAUCCUAUCAGCUGUAAUAGUUAGAUGUUGCAAAGCAGAAUAAGGAAAAUGGUAAACAAGUAGAUUAGGAUAUGGUCCAGUCAUGUCUCAAAUAUUCACACCCACACAGUUAUUUUGCUUGGUUCCUCAUUUUCAAAAAAUGUGCUUCCAAUAUUGCAACCGUUAAAGAGGCUCAUUCCCAAUUAUCAGCUCCCAGUGUUGCAAACUACUGUCAACGCCAGUGACUAGUAUACAUGCAGGACAGUACUCCUGUGGAACACAUGUCCAAAUACAUGUGCAGUAACCUGUACUGAUGUCUGUGUACAAUAACUCAGAGAGAGUAUGAGCAGCAGCACAGACCAGAACUGGCUGAAUAACCAGAUCCUGUGCAGUAAAUCCAAUGUAGUUCAAUGUUCCUCAUACCUCUGUAAGCUCCAUUACAGCCAUGAAAAUGAUAAUUCAAAGUCUUGACUGUGUGCUGCUAAUAUUUAGCAGCUUUACAGUUAUUUCAGAAGAUUGUAUUAACCAGUAGCUUAUUGUUUUGUUGCUUAACAUGGCAAUAUCCUUUUUUGUUGUGUGUUUCCAGUCAUCUAUGUUCUGUAUCUGUAAAAUUAAAAUGUAAAAUUAAUUAUUUCUGUUAUUGUUGGAUGCAAAUUUAUAAAAUCAGCAGAAUUAUGAAUGGUGAGAAGUUGGGUGUGAAAAGUAAUUCCACUAUCCAACUAUUCUUCCCCUAUCCAGUUCUACUUUUCCACCAGGCCUGACUACUUCCUGACAGUCCCUGAUCUGUCAGCUCCUCCGUAAGUUUUAGCCUUCCCUUGCAGUUUACCCUGCACAUAUAGGAUCUCUGCAGUUUGCUUUCAAGAAACUAAAUGUGCUCACAAAAACAAGCUUCCUGUAUAGAUCCCAAUCACAGGCAAUUAGAAGCCUACAAUCCUAAUUUAUUUUUCCCAGAAGAAAACCUCUGUAACUAUGUGCAAUGUCAUGAUAGAAUCCAGUUAUUUGUAUAUUAAACUAUUUUAGAUUCUUGA